AUGAAGAAUAAUACUAAUAGAGACACUUAUAAUAGUAAUAAUAAUACUACUACUACUACUACUACUACUAAUACUAAUACUUGUACUAAUAAUAAUAAUCAUGGGAUUAGACGGAGUGAUUCAAGCAGUAGUAAUAACAACAUGUCAUUCAUUGAUGAAACUAGUAAUGUUACAAUGAAAGUUAAAGUAAAAAAGAGAAAUCAUCAAUUGAAUAUUAAACAAUCGAGAUUGAGAAAACCAUUACAAAAUGAUAAUUUACUGAAAAAUUACUUUGAAUUUGAUAAAAAGCAACAAUCAAACGAUUUGACU